AUGGCGCCAGUGGGUCAGUUGCUGGUGCUGUGUGAGGACAAGAUCCGGGAGAAGAGCGGCCUGGCGCCUCACCACGACCUGGCUGAACUUCGGUCACUAUCUAUUCCUGGAACCUACCAAGAAAAGAUUACUCACCUAGGAAAUUCUUUGAUGAAUUUAACAGGUCUAAAAUCUUUAGAUCUCUCACGUAAUUCCUUGGUUAGUCUAGAGGGUAUUCAGUACCUGGCUGCACUGGAAAGUCUCAAUCUCUACUACAACUGCAUUUCCUCACUCGCAGAAGUAUUCCGGCUCCAUUGCUUGACGGAGCUCACGGACGUGGACUUCCGACUGAACCCUGUGGUGAAGAAUGAGUCUGAUUACCGCCUCUUCGUUGUGCACAUGCUCCCGAAGCUCAGGCAGCUAGAUGACCGUCCUGUGAGAGAGAGCGAGCGGAAAGCAUCGCAGCUGCAUUUUGCUUCAGAGGAAUCACUGGACUCCACACACAGCUUCCCAGCUGUUUGCAGAGUUGGAAGACCGAACCACUCCAGAGCUAAGUGCACUGACCCCUCUGCCAAGAAGUGCUUGGUCAUGGAUGCUGAUGACGAGGCGGUCCUGAACCUCAUUGCCGAGUGUGAGUGGGACUUGAGCAACCCUCCUAGGAGUACAAGCUCUAGCCAGAAGGAGCAAGAGGAUGACUUCUGCAGUUCCCAAGAAUCCAGACAUCUAUUGAGUCCUCACUCGGUGCAGCACCAGUGUGGAGACUCCAUAAAGAAGGGCCAUGAGAAGAGAAAAAGCGGCCCCAGAGGGUGUUGUGCAGAGAGGAGGCCUCAGAGCCCGUUCUGUGGAGAGCUCCCGCCGCAGCUGGGAGAGCAGCCCGAGGCCUGCCGCUCCUUCAGGCCGCACGCGCGCUUGCCCCUGCACCCAGACUCCACAGACAUUGAGAACUCUGUGUUCUCUUCUCAGAAGUCAAGUUUGUCAACACAAACUGUGUCCAAUCCUUUGCCUGCUCCCGAAAAGUACAGAAAGCGAAGGACGCCUGGCGGGAGAUUCCAGGGGCCUGCAGACCUGGGGUGUCUCAGCCGGCUGGAGGAGAGCCUGAGUGGACAGGGCAGCUCUGAGGGCAGGAGCGAGGGCAGGAGCGAGAGGGCCUUUUCUCACCUGGAGGUGUCUGAGCCUGAAGAGCAGAGGCCCCGCAGCACGAGUGGUGCCAGCGAGGUGUCUCCCAAAUUGCACUCAGCUGUGCCACCUGGGAAAAGGGCCGCCCUGGAGGCGACGCUCCUGGAGGCCCUCCUUGACCUCGUGGACAGGUACUGGAGUGGCUGCAAGUCCCUGCACAGCAACGAACUGUUCCUGGCUCAGGCAAGCCAUAUUUUGUCAACAGUUCAAGACUUUACGGCAACUCAGGAUAAUUCAACAAUUAUGAGCGAAGAAAUAAGCUACCUGACUCUUGAAAAUAAAUCUUUGCAAAAUCACCUCCUUGAACAACAGCAGCAAUAUAGUGAGAAGAUUAGUAAAGUGGUGUCGGAGCUCAACAACACUCGGAAGGAGAUGGAUGACUUGAGACAACAUUUAGACAAAUCUCUGGAAGAGAAUAGUAGCUUAAAGUCUCUUUUGUCCAGCAUGAAAAAAGAAGUAAAAAAUGCAGAGGCUUCAGCUGCAUUAAAUUUGCAGAUCACUGGGCUUCAAACCAGUGUGAAGAGGCUCUCCGGUGAGAUCGUGGAGUUGAAGCAGCACCUGGAGCACUAUGACAAGGUCCAGGAGCUCACGCAGAUGCUGCAGGAGAGCCACAGUUCCCUUGUCAGCACCAACGAGCACCUCCUGCAGGAGCUGGGCCAGGUGCGGGCUCAGCACAGGGCUGAGGUGGAACAGCUGCACUGGAGCUACAAGGAGCUCAAGAAGACCAUGGCCCUGUUCCCGCUCAGUGGCGCCCGCCUCGGGAGCUGCUCCUAAACCUGACCUUCCAAGUCGUGAGGCGUGCACGCAUGUGUUCUUCGCC